AUUAUGAUUUGGAAGGAAAUAAGACAUUAGUAUUUUAUUUUUCUGAGAUGAACACUUUUAAUUUUUAUUUGGAGGAGGAAUAAUAAACUUGGUAGGCAAUAUCAAUGACCAAAACGGCAGCAAGUUAGUGAUUGAAAUCCACGUCCCUCGGAUGCGCGUUAAAUAAAUUUCUAAAGAUCUGUCAAAAACCCAAUCCUCUCUUUCCUAAAGCUGUACUACUGUUUAUUAUAUUUUAUUUUUGUUUUUGAUUUUUAUAUAUUUUAGAAAGCUGAAGUCUUCUAUGGGCAUUAUUGUCCAAAGACUCUUGAGUCUUAUACAAACACACUUCCCACUCUCCCACUGAAUAGCGUAGCAUUAAAAAGGCCAUAAACCCUAGACUAACCUCAAUCUCCAUCUAAGCAACACGUGUCGCCAAGCCAGAAGCUCUCAACCUCGCCGUGGAUUUUGUUUAAAAAAAAAAAGGAAAAACAGAACCCGUUGCCAAGCAACAACUCCUUUUCUCAUCAAAGUCUCUCACACCCAUAUCCUCUCUCUGUCUCUCACUCUCUUCCUCCGCUUUCGGUUUAAUCAGAAAAAAAAAAAAAAAAGAGAAAGAGAAAGCUGUGAAGGCAGAGUUGUAGAAACUGACCGAGAAAGAAAGAAUGAGAGAGAAGAGUAGCUUUUCUCUCACAUACGAAGUAAGUGAGGAUGAGAUUGUGGUUGCGAAUAUCUUGUUGGAACUUCCCAGUUUAAUCAAAGCGUAUGCGUAUGAAUCUCCGUUUCGAUUUUCAAUGGGUUGGGGUUCCACAAGGAAGAGAUCUGCAAGCGAUGGAAAUCGCAACCACCAAUCUCCUCCUUCGCGCCUUCCUCCUGCUUUGCCUUCCUCGUCGUCGAUUCGUGGGUCUUCUUGCGCCGUGGUUUCUACACCCGAACCCGAACCAGACAGUGCGCUACCUAAGCUCAAGGUUGAAGUUUCAAGUCCUGCCACACCGCUUUCCUUCUCGCCCAGUGAAUCAGACGAGAAGCCUAAGCCUUCCAAACGGAGAUUCCAAGUUAAAAAGAAAGAGGAAUGGUUUGCUAUGAUAGAAAAAUUGACUCAAAAUCGAGAAUGGCUAAAAGAGGAGUUAGAAAAGGUGAAUCGUUAUAAAAAGGAAUUGGAAGAUUUCAAUUUGAAGUUGAAAGCAAGAAAACAAGAGCUGUCUCUCGGCCCGAAAAGGGAAACUCCCGGCUUAAAUCUUCAGAUGGAUUUGGGCCUAGCCUCGGUCAAGCCUCUCCCUACUGAUGAAAUUCUUCCCAGUGGACUUGAUCAGUCACCGUUCAUCAUGGAUCAUACGGCUCUGAUAACAGAAAUUAGUGAUAAUAUCCAGUAUCCGGCUAACCAAAUUCCUUUCUCCUCCGUGGAAUUGAUCGAUGAAAAUAUGAAUCCACGUGCCGUUCCUGAUCUUAACCUCACUGCAAAUGAGUUUACUGGGAUGGUGGAUUUAGACACUGCCAACAAGAAUUUGUCAAAGGUAAUGGCUGCUCAAGCUAGGCGAAAUAGGAUCCGGAUCUACAGGGUCAAGAAUUCUAUUGCUGCUAAUAAACUACGUUAUAGAUGAUUGCUACUGAUUUUUUUUUUUUCUUUUGUUAAAAAAAAAAAGAAGAUUUCUCAUUUUGUUUUUUUUUUUUUUUUUCCCAAUCUGAUAGUCACUUAAAUUAAAUAUAUCCCCUAGGUAAAAUGUAAAUCAGGGAAGCUCCGUUACAUGAAAUGUAAAUUAGAGAAGUAGAAAACGAGCUGUCUGUUUUAUCUUAUUUAUAUAAUUAUCAUUAAUAAAUUUAUUUGUUAUCAAGUAUUUUAUCA